AUGCAAAGUCAAGACGUAUUUGGAGGAUUUGGAAAUCGUCUUGCAUCUUCAAAGUUUGGCACGGACAACACUGGCUUCAGUCAUGGCGCCUACAAUUCAAAUUACGGGGGUUACCAGGGGUUUGGCGACCGCAACAUGCGCAAUUCAAAUAUUCCUGCAAUACCUACAGCACCUAAAGAACAACAACCUACUUAUAAUGCCAAUGAGCAGACGCCGGGCACCGCGUUUGAUAUGAAUUUCACACCGCUGUUGCCUUCCCAACUCCUUCUCGGCAGUCCCUUUCAACCUGGUUCUCCUGGUGCCUUCUCUUCGCCCCAGUUUCCCAGCUUCAAUCGUGGCCCUCAGGGAACAAAUGCUCUCCACCAUCAGACCCAGCAGUAUCAGCAGAAUCAGCAAUUCGGAAGUCCUGUCCAACAAAAUGCCAAUCUUCUAUCAUCUCAGGGGUACCAGACAAUCAUGUCACCAGAGGGGUACACAGCCCAGUCUCCGACUGGCUUUUCUGGGCUAGCUGGCGCGGCCUUUGGUCAUUACCAGCCGAUGAUGGGGAUGAGCCAGAAUUGGAUGCCUGGGACAAGUCGCACCGUCUAUCUAGGAAACAUCCCAGCCGAUACUUCUGCAGAAGAGAUCUUGGGCCAUGUACGAAGUGGUCAGAUCGAGUCCGUCCGACUCUUGCCAGAAAAGAACUGUGCCUUUAUUUCAUUUCUCGAUAGCAGCUCUGCCACCCAUUUCCAUUCCGAUGCCAUCUUGAAGAAGCUGUCAAUCAAAGGUCACGACAUAAAGAUCGGCUGGGGUAAGCCGUCCCCGGUGCCUACUUCUGUUGCUCUUGCUGUUCAACAGUCUGGCGCCUCCAGGAAUGUCUACCUGGGCAAUCUUCCCGAAGACAUCACGGAGCAAGAGAUCCGACAGGAUCUGGGCAAGUUUGGGCCCAUCGAUACCGUCAAAAUGGUCCGGGAGAAGGCUAUCGCCUUUGUCCAUUUCCUCUCCAUUGGCAAUGCCAUCAAGGCCGUGGCACAACUCCCUCAAGAUCCCAAAUGGGGGCCACCGCGCCGCGUGUAUUACGGCAAGGACAGAUGUGCGUACGUGUCCAAGACUCAACAGCAAAAUGCUGCACAGUAUCUCGGGAUUGCUCCUGGUUAUGCCCACGUGCUGAAUGGCGCGGACCGUGACUUGAUCUCCAAUGCUUUAGCGCAACAGUCUGUUGCUGCCGCGGCGGUGGCCACCACAGCAGGCGGCGUCAACAACCUGGGCAACCGGACAGUGUAUCUUGGAAACAUUCAUCCCGAGACCACCAUCGAAGAAAUUUGUAACGUGGUCCGAGGAGGUCUGCUUCACCACAUCCGCUACAUUCCGGACAAGCAUAUCUGUUUUGUGACAUUUAUCGAUCCCACAUCAGCAGCGUCAUUUUAUGCAUUGAGCAAUCUUCAGGGGCUGAUGAUUCACAACCGACGACUGAAAAUAGGCUGGGGCAAGCAUUCCGGUGCUCUACCCCCUGCCAUUGCACUGGCCGUUAGCGGCGGAGCGUCUCGAAAUGUGUACAUCGGUAAUCUCGAUGAGAGUUGGAGUGAGGAACGUCUGCGGCAAGACUUCUCGGAAUACGGCGAAAUUGAGCUGGUCAACACACUCCGAGAGAAGAGUUGUGCUUUUGUCAACUUCACCAACAUUGCCAACGCCAUCAAAGCGAUCGAGGCGGUUCGACAGAAGGAAGAAUACAAGCGUUUCAAGAUCAACUUCGGCAAGGACCGUUGUGGUAAUCCGCCACGUCUCAGCAAUGCGAAUGGCAACAACGCGCGAAUGCAAGGCAAUCCAGAAGGGGCUGGUUCUCCGCCCACGAUCAAUGGGUUUGAUCAUCCACUGUCGCAGACGGGGACCAGCCCGACCAGACCACAAAUCCCGGUCGGACCAAAGGUGACGAUGGGUGGACAGCCUCAGAACAUUCCUCGUCAAGCCCAGCCCAACCUCUCUGCUGCUGCUGCUGCCGCCGCCGCCACUCCUUCUACAAUCUUGAAUGCCGGAAAUCACAAUCCCUUGACGAUGUACUUGUCGCAUGUGUCCCAACAACAGGCUCAAGCUGAGCAGGAUCUUCGAGAGGAAAGUCUGUCAUUCACUUCCCUGCAACAGCAACAGAACCAAGCUUUGGCAAAUCAACAGGCAACACUGUACGGGGACAUGCCAAACGGCCACAGUGGACUGGACACGGCGCCUUCGUCUCAUGUUGGGCGACAAAGCAGUAUCAGUGGUGGAUUUGGCGCGAACCCCAAUCCCAUGACCAAUGGCACUUCCACCACGAUUGGUGGUCUUCUGGCUCCUACCAACGUAGGUUUAGGAGUUAGUCGGGGUGCACACUCCAGGGCCGUUUCCCUUCCUGCAUUCUCACAAGAGGUCUUUGGUGGGCAACAAGCUAGCCAGCCAGGACCCUCCUCCCGUCCAUUUGGAGGACACGCCCCUCAAGGCAGUUUCGGUGGCUUUGGAUCUGUCUUUGGCACUGGAUUCGGCACCAGUGGAUUCAAUGGGCUCGGAUUGACAAGCGACAGCCGUGGAGCCCUUUCCGGCUGGGCUGAGGAGGAAAUCGGAGCAAAAUAA